UAUAACAAACCGCAAGCACUCGAGAAUGGUUUCCGCGCAAACGAGGUGAAGUGGGGCCUCUUUCUUUGGUCUCUGAGAAGAUGAUGACUUUAACGACUAUCACACAACAUAGCCAUUCAUUAUGUGAUAUGUGAGACAUCAGCAAAAACAACGAAAAAUGUGGAGUGGCCGGAUAUUGCAGUCGUCGCGUGAGUGGAGUAAUUGCGCAAGAGAAGGGAGGACAGAAAGCUUUGGUAGAGAAUCGACAACAACUGACCAGCAAGCAAAUGUUCAGCAGAGGCUGGAUCCCGAAGCCGACUUGGGGCUUUGGGGGAAUCCUCCUGCUGACGUUGUCGGGAUGAUAUGGACCAGGUACUCACCAUAGCCAGGUACACCAAUUCACUCCUUCCCUGCCAAGUCCCGUUGCAGCGGCCGAAAAUAUACAUUUCAUGGUUAUUCCCACUUUUCCCGAGCAUUGAUUUGAUUGUCCAAAGAGGUUAUUGGAGCAUUCAACUAAUCAGAUUUAUCAGAUACAGUUGAGAUAACCGGUCACCCUUCACUCUACCCUUAAUAACCCUACAUCAUCAUCCUGCGCAGCUACAGUGUUCAUAUCAAGGUUUCGACAAAUUUCCUCGUUUUUUGCUCUUCCUCUCGUCUUCUCCCGGGCUUCAUGUCUCGCAACUGGCAGUCUCAUGAUUUCGUGUCCCAUGUCUCAUGCCGCCGAUCAUCUCGAUCUGCGGUAUCCGCUGUCUAUCCACCGAAUCUCACGAGUAUGCCCACCGUACCUCAUGCUCCACAAAAUUUCCCUUUUUUCACCACUUUCUUUUCGGACUCAUUUUUAGAAUCCGCACCCUUGGCAACCUGAAAGACGGUUGAUGCUCUCAGUUUCUUUCAUGAACUUUUUUUUCUUUUUGGUCAGAAGGUAAUCCUUAUCGGCCGAUUAAGCAAACUAAAAAAGUUGCUAGACGAGUAACCAUACACGGAGUAUUAUAGUUACCACUCAUAUAAAGACAAAAGAUGUGGAUCAUUAUGAUAGAAAUCCCCGACCAACGUAACCAAUUUGACCGGCCAUGUCAGCUCCUCAUCAUCAGCAAGGGGACAGGGUAGAAUACGACGAACCCAACCUUCCUAGGCUCAAUCAAAAUGAGUUUGAAGAGAGCUCUUCUGAGUUCAGUGAGGAUCCCAAGGCCCCGGUGAAGCGAGGCAUUGCCUCCGCAAGCCGUGUUCUUUCUGUGAUCACCAAGAAGGAUAUCAGGAUUGCUUAUCUUGCCCUUACCGUCCUCGCUCUCGGGAUGGCUUUCGCGCAAUACACACAGACCACCUUCACAGCUUAUGCCACCAGUGCCUUCAAGAGUCACUCUGAGCUUGCUGCUGCCGCUGUUGUUUCCCGAGUCUUCUCUAUGAUUGCCUACCUCAUUGUUCCCAAAAUCUGCGAUAAUGUAGGGCGUAUCUCUCCUUCGAUUAUCAUUUCCAUGGUCGUCUUCACUGUUCUUAGUGACGCCAUGAUGGCCGGAUGCAAGAAUGUCCAGACGUAUAUUGGCGCGAAUGUCUUCAGCGGGUUGUCGAGUACUGGUUACACUAUCGCUCUUCAAAUCUACUAUGCCGAGACUACUGCUAUUCGCGAACGAGCUUUAUGGAACGUCGCCGCAGAUUCUUUCAGCGCCAUCAUCACUCUUUAUAGCGGUUCGACCAUCGGUGGGCUUAUCUUGGAAAACUGGGGCACAACUUCUGGUUGGCGAUGGGGUUACGGAAUGUGGUCCAUCAUAAACACUGUCCUUGCUAUUCCCUUCAUCGCCAUCUUGUUUUCUUGGCACCGACGAGUACGACGCAACCCAAAUGUCCCUCGCCUUCCCCCGCACACCAACGUCAUUGACCAGCUCUUCCACGAAUACGAUCUCAUCGGUUCCUGUCUUCUUGUCGCUAGUGUGGCGUUAAUCUUGGUUCCUCUGACUCUUGCCAAGGGCGUUGCGUCGCAAUGGACUGACGACAACAUUGCCAUGAUCUGUGUUGGUUUCGGUCUUCUUGUCCUUUUCAUCGUUUGGUCUAUUCCUAAAAAAUGGAGGCCUAAGUGGUUCUUCACCCCUCGUCUUCCUCUCAUCCCCUGGUACACUCUCAAAAAUCGAAGUCUCAUGUCUAUGUUUGUUAUCAACAUGUGUGACUUCAUGUCCUACGGUGUCUUCACCACUUAUUUCCAAACCUUUAUGCAAGUCGCCGUCCGAACAUCUGCCAGCAAGGCUUCGAUGAUCGACAAUACUCUCCGAAUCGUCUUCCAGGUCACCGCACUCGUUGUCGGUCUCGUUAUGCGAUUCUGGACCCCUGCUUGUGUCAAGCUUGGUUUGGGCAAGCGACUCUUCCACACUAGAUACCCUGUGUGGAUCGGUAUCCCUCUUUGUGCCCUUUCUAUCGGUAUCGACAUCAACUUUGUCCAGCACCCUCGUAGGAAGAGUGCAAUUGCCAGCUAUGUUAUCGCCAAGGCCAUCUACGGUGUUGGUCGAGGGAUGUUCCAAACUUCCGCUCAAAUCACCGUGCAAGCUUCUUCCAGGAGGCGUGAGCUUGCCAUUGCCACCGGUAUUUUCUACUUUGCCGCCUCUUUGGGUGGUGCUAUUGGUAUUGCCGUCGCUGGUGCUAUCUGGCUCAACAUCUUGCCUGAUGCUCUUGCCAAUAACCUUCCCGCCGCUUCUGCUAACCUUGCUUCCACGAUCUAUGGCAGUAUCACAGUCGCCAUUAGUUACGACCCCAAUUCCGAGAUUGGUUUGGCCAUUCUCAAGUCCUAUGUGCAUACGAUGAAGAUCCUUGCCAUUGUUUCUACCUGCCUGCAAAUCCCUAUGCUGAUUUCCAUGUUCUUCAUCGAAGACCUUCAGCUCACUGAGGACGAGCAGAUUAUCCUCGGUGGUAAGCGAAUCGGUCUGGGCAAGAAGAAGCAAGAGCAAAUUGAUGAGAGGGAGGGGGAAGAGGAGGUGAAGAUGGUGGAAAAGGAGAAGCCUGUCGUCAGGGCCGAUUAAGCUUCGUCGGUCGGCAAGGAUAGAUAGACAUAUCGGGUGUAGUAUUUAGAGCGUUUUUUUACAUCUUCGGUUCUGUGUUAGUUAUAAUGUUCCCCUCAUGAAUUCUCAGCAUGUGUCGCCAUGAUAUAUGGG